UCUGACCCCGCCUCUCGGCCUCGUUCCCUCGGCCCGGGGUCGGGUGACGGAAUCCGAUGCGAUCUUUGUAAAUAACAACAACGACGAAAAACGAUGCCGAAAAAGAAAAAGGUCUCCGCUGCAGCUACUCCGGCUCGGCCAUCUGGAAGUGGUCCGCCGCCCAGUGCUCCGGCUGCAGCCGAUCCGGCCCCAGUGCCUUCUCAGGCCUCAGCCUCCACUUCAAUGGCUGCCGUGACUGGUGCUAUGGGUUCGGGGGUGAACAAGGAGGAGCUGCUGGACCGGAUGACCGAGAUGUUUUCGCAUCUGGACCCGAGCGUCGUGUAUGUGGUGCUAUCUGAAUGUGACUUUAAAGCUGAUGAUGCAAUGGAUUCUUUGUUGGUACUAUCUGAUGCAGCUAAAGGGGAGAAAUCUUCUUGCUCCUCUGGGUUUGAAUGUGUGACGCCUGCCCUAAAUGAUCAAGUUAAUGGUGACAAUGAGGUAGUCAUGAAAGAUUACGGACAUAAUUCAGCUGCUGCUUCUGGAAGUUUUGAAUGGAAUGAAAAAUUGGACCCUUCAAUUGAAAUUGAACUGGAGAAAUAUUGCAUGAACACACCGUGUGAGCAAAGCAUGUCUUUUCAACAUUACCAGCCAUUUAUGAACCACUAUAACUUGCCUAUUAACCAGUUUUCUAAUAACUCUGUUGGUGACCAAAUGCCUAAACAAAUUCAAUCGAGUUUGAACUCUGCUUUAAAUAAUGUGUCCCUUCAGCACCAAACAGCCUUGUAUGCCAGCUUACCCCUCAGACCAUUAUCAUAUACAUUGAAUUCCUCAGAUUGUGAAGAAAAUGUGAACCUUUGUUUCAACAGUGGAAGUAACAUAAUUGAGAAACGAUCAGAAAUUCAGUCAGAGUAUGAUAAUUUCUCUUUGGAAGUCAUUGAAAAGUCCAGCAAAAAUCCAUCUGUUGAGGAUGGAACUAAGAGGGUUAUAUUUCCAAGUAGUAUAAGCAUAGAUGAUACAGAUAUAUGGACAAAUCAAGGUGAAAGCCAUGGCCUGUCAUCAGCCAUUUCUAUGAAUAUUGGUGCUAUUGGCUCAGAGCAAUUUAGUCCAAAGUAUGACACAUUUCCAAAUGCAGUGAACUGCCAAGCUCAGCACUUGCAGAACAGCGAUGUGUCUGAUAAAGCUGUAGUAAGAUCUUCUGGUGCAGAUGGAAAUGAAAUAUGGCUUGGAUCAAAAAAAGAGAGAUCAUCUUCAAAAAACUACCAAUUAUUUGGUGAACCUGAAGCAUUUAAAAGAACAAAUGAAUUGCUACAAAAAGAUGGCCCUCUCUCAAAUAAGUCAUUGGAAAAUAAAGAGGAUGUUUCAAAAAAUAUGCAACAGAAUACCUGUUUUCCUUAUUGGUUUGAUGUACGGAAAGCUAACAGUGGAGAAAAUCUCCCGAAAUUAACAAACUGUGAUGAAGCAAGUUAUCCUCAAUAUUCUAACAAUGUACAUUCUAUAAAUAUUCCAACCAUGUCUCCAGUCUCAUGGAAUCCAUGGGCUCCUGAGUUCCAACCAAUGAGCAUGGCAAAAACCUUCAUCACACCUGUGGCAGCAAGUCCUGUGAAGCCAAGGCUUAAUGAUACUUCACCAUGGAAACGUACUAGACCUACAUCUAGUCCUGAUAAACUUCAUUCAACUAGAAGUUCAACUUCUGGUAGUUUGCCUUCAAAACCAUGCUUAAAUCCAUAUCUCAAACACCAGUCACAGACUUACGAAUAUCCUUUUCCACAGUUCAUGAACAGAAAAGCAAUAGCUACACCCAAAUCAUUGUUUUUGAUGAGGGGUCUGCCUGGAUCGGGAAAAAGUACACUAGCCAGACUGAUUGUUCAACAGGGCCCUAAUGGAAUAAUUUUAAGCACUGAUGAAUACUUCUAUCGAAAUGGGCGCUACCAGUUUAAUCGCAGUCUGAUUGGAGAAGCUCAUCAGUGGAACCAAAAGAGAGCCAAAGAAGCCAUGGAGAAGGGUUUAUCUCCAGUUAUAAUAGAUAACACAAAUACGCAGUCUUGGGAGAUGAAACCGUACAUUGUUAUGGCUUUUAAAUACAAUUAUAAAGUUGCAUUUCGUGAGCCAAAUACUUGGUGGAAGUUUAAACCACGGGAGCUUGAACGACGGAAUGUUCAUGGUGUGUCAAAAGAGAAAAUUAAAACAAUUUUAGAUCAUUAUGAGCGUAAUGUAACAAUUAACACAGUGAUGGCUUCAUCACAACCUACCUUCCCAGAAAAUAAAGCCAUAGAGCUGUAUCCUGCUGAAGAUGCAGAAACUGGUGCAAUAAGUGGAGCAGUAGGACAAGCAACCUCUCCACACCGUCAAUGUUCUGCCAGUUCACCGAUUCCAGUUGUAAAUUGUCCAGAAGAUUUAUCAGCAAUCAAAACAGAUAUAGCAUCAACUGAUAACUUACAACAAUGUUUAGAGUCAUCUGCAGAUUUUCUCAGUGAAAGUAGACAAUGUGAUGAGACUGGACACAAACCUGAUAAUGGUGCAAAAUAUUCAAUAUUUAUAAGUGCUGAUAAUGUACAAAACACAGAUCAGACAUCUGGAUCAGAUACUAGCAAUUAUAAUUUCUCAUCUCAUUCUGAAACAGAAGACAAGAAAAGGGAACUAACAGUAGCAAGUGUUGAAUCUGAGACUGAGAUAACAGAAAGUAUCAGCCAAUGUGGUGCUGAUGGUUUAGCACCUGAUAAUUUUCCAACUGCGUUUAGUACAUCAUUUGGUCAAGAAAUCAGAAAGGAAAAAUGGCAGAGUGCUGAGAGUACAAAUAAUGAAAGAGUAGGAAAACAAAAACUGUCAUUUAAAGGGGACUUCUUAGGAGGGGACCCCUCAGGACAUGCUAAGGAUGAAUCAAAUGUUCUGGAACAGUCCAGCAAUGUUGAAUCCACAUCUUUGAACUUUGUUGGAGAUUGGCCAGUUAUAGAAAUACUGAAACCUCAAGAUCAAAGAAAAAGACGAAUCAGGAAGGCAUCAGAACUAACUAACACAAAUAAGGACAACGUAAAUCAGUCUAGUAAUUUGGAAUUUGUCAAUCCAAAUGAUUCAUUAAAAAAUACUACUCUUAGCUUAUCUGAGCAGGAGAAUGUAGAACCCUCAAAUGAAGCAAAUGAUUCACAGGUUUCAGUUGAUUGUUUUGAUGAUGAAGAUAUAGUGUCUUCAGCGAUUGAGAACUUUACUCUGGAAAGCAGUCAUGAAAAUAGUGAAGACCUUAAAGGUCCAGAAACUUCUGAACAGCAAAUUUCAGAAGCUACAUCUGAAAAGCACACGAAUAAAGUAUCUUGUCCAAAUAGAACAAUGGGAAAAGAAUGCAAAUUGACAUUAACAUUCACUAGUAACAGCCCCAUCUUGGAAGAAUUUCCUGAGCCUAUGCCAUUAAAUUCUGAUCAAGUGGAAGACACUGCUCCAGAGAAGUCAACACAAACAAAUUCAACUCAAACAACAACUGAUGAUUUUGCUAUGUUGUGGAAAAUUGAGAAAGAAAGUGAUAAUUUUGUUGAAUUUAAAAUAUUGACAGGUACUUUAAAUGGAAUUAAACCAACUGACUUGGAUGCAAUACCAAAAUUCAUAAAUACUAAUGUGUCAGUGCCCUACAGGGUGAUGCAUGACAAAAGCACAUAUGUAGAUGAAAGUGACUUUGUGAGUCAUGAAGAAAACCUUCAGAUACUCAGUGACUGUUUUAAAGGUAUUCCCUUUGAUGAUUUGAAUGAUUUAUAUGAGAAAUGCAACAGAGAUGUUGAAUGGACAACCAAUUUAUUGCUUGAUUCUGGUGUGAAGCUUUCAAAUGAAAGUCCAGUGAAUAAUCAGUCAGGUUUAGACCAUGACCUUACUAGCAGCAGUGGGCCACAAAAGAACGAAGUAGCUCAAACAGAGAAAAUAGAUUUAAGUGAAGAGUCACAUCACAGAUCAGCAUACAAAGCAAAUCAAUUGUCCAUUUCCACUAAGAAGGUUACAGAUGUACCUCGUCAGUCAGCACAGACGAAUACAGAAAAUGAUGCUAUAGAAUGUGUACAGUCUUGCCUUGACCUUGAAACUGUGAACCCAUUAUCUGACAAUACCAGUGAACCUGUUCUAGAUGAAGAAUUGAAAAGUAAAAAUGAUAUAUUAAGCAAUUCCAAACUUGACUGUGAACAGUUUAUCAAUUCUGGUAAGGAACAUAAUGUAGGGGAGAAACAGAUUGAAUCAAUGUUAGAGAAUAUGGUAAACAAUGAAGUUAUGUGCAUGAAAAGUGCCGAAGGUGAGGUAUUAGUGACGUCAGUUGGAAACAAUAUAAAGGAAACAAACACCAUUUCUGAAUAUACAGAUUCUAUAAUGUCAACACCAGAAGUUAAUACACAUGCAAAUAGUGUGAUAGAAAAUCAGUCCAGCUCUGAAAUAGGAAAAAUCUCCAUACAAAAGGAAAAUGGAAAGGAAGUGAAGACCAUUGAAGAUGGAAAUAUGAAUCAGGAUGGUUUAUGGAUGUACUCUGAUCCAAUGCAGAUUCAAUCUUUAGAAUUGAGUUUGCCGCCAGAGUUGGCAAUUCAGCUUAAUGACCUGUUUGGACCAGUGGGUCUUGAUCCAGAUUCUUUGACUCCAGAAGAAUGUGUUGUACAAAUAGAUAUGAACUUGGCAAAAAUUAUUCAUCAGAAAUGGAAGGAGACCAUAUUGGAGCGACAAAAGCAAGAAUCUCUGUCCUAUCAGCUCCUGUUGGAAGGUGGUAAUUUUUCUGAAAAUUUAGUAUUGGAGCUUGAAGGUGAAAUGAAGGAGGAAGAGCUACGUGGUUCUUCUCCAUUGAAAAAUGGUGACAAACAGCCAAAGAAGAAGGCUGGAAAUAAGUUAACCCCUUUACCUGCUUCAUUCACUGCUAAGGCUGACGGACUGGAAGAUCUUCCGUUCAUGGAUCAUUGGAACGCUCAGGUUCCUAGUGUGUCAUUACGGGAUAUCAUGUCUGAGGAGAUGGACUUUGAGACAAGGCAGCACCAGUCCUUCACAGAAUCUUUCCUGUCCUCAAAGGAUUGUGCAACUAAACUGAAGGAAAAACGUCUCCUUGAGAUGUUUCCAGGCAUUGAUAAGCAUUUCAUUAUGGAUAUGUUUAAAGACAACAACUAUUCCUUUGAACAAACAGAACAGUUUAUGAAGUCUUUAUUUGACUGUGAUCUAGAGUCAACAAAAGCUAUCAAAUUUCAUGAAGGUACCCCUCAAACUGAAUUGACUAUGAGCAAAAAUAAAGAUAAGGCAGUAUUGACAAAAGAUACUAAAGAAUCUCGAAGUGGACAUGUUUUCCCAAAUGCAGAAUACCCUGAUUAUGAAGGUUUUCGGAUUGAGGCAGCCCUGCAUAGACGCAAGCAACAAGAUUGCUUCAGUAAGGCUGCAGCAGCUCAUGGAAGGAAUAUGAGAGCAGUUGCCACGUAUUAUGCACAGCAGGGUCAUCUUCAUGGUGAAAAGAUGAAAGAAGCCAACCACAGAGCUGCACUAAAAAUUUUUAAUCAAGUGAAUGCAUCAUUACUUCCACAAAAUGUUUUAGACCUUCAUGGCCUUCAUGUGUCUGAAGCCCUGCAAUAUUUGGAGGAAGUGCUAUUCCAGAAGAUUAAUGAAUGCCAGCAAAAAGGUGGUAAAGCUUACCUUUCUGUCAUAACUGGGAGAGGGCGUCACAGCCAGGGAGGUGUAGCACGUAUUAAACCUGUUGUUACUGACUACCUCAAACGCCAGAAUUUCAGGUUUACAGAGCCACAGCAAGGUGUUGUAAAAAUCAAGUUGAAGUGAAGGAUUUGACAAGAAGCUUCCUUUCUUAUUCUGACAGUAUAACACUGUCUCACUUAGCCUGAUAGCAUUAGUGUACUAUAUCAAACAUUUAAGGAUAUAGUAGUGUGUUUUUUUUAAACAACAUCACUCAGGGAGGACAUAUAACUGAAGACAGAAGCUUUUAAAGUCAACAUGCAGCAAAGUCUUUAAAAUUCUUGCUUUCUUAUUCUUAGGCAUAUCAGUUUAACUCCUACUGGAUUUUCAAAAGUUGCUUUCAUUUUCAUGAACUCUAUUUCGAUUUGUGAUGAUUUGAAACGUUGGGAUACAAGGACAUAAGCUGCCUGUUCUGAAAUACUUUGGGAUUGUAAAUUUACUCCAUUGCAUGUUGUAAUUAAAAGUGAUUUACAUUAGACUGUAAGAAGUAAAGCGGGAGUAGGCAUCUGGCCCUUUGAACCUGCUCUGCCAUCCACGAAGCUGCCCAACUGCAAAGUUGUUUGCUGAUUUGGAGUAAAACCAAGUGGAUCAAAAGUUUGAGAAAUUGUGUGCAAAUUCUAAGUAUUUUUAAGGAUUCAUAAACUUAAGUUUUAAUCUUUGUAAGAUUUUAACAAAGAAUAUGUUUGUAAAUGUGACACUCAAGAUUUAACUAUAAAUUCUUCACUCUGCUGAUAUGUUAUUUAUUGCUGUUAUAAAGCAAUAAAAAUACAUUUUUUGGUUUAAAGUUUGACACUGUAAUUGUUGAGGUGGGGGGUGGGUUAGGAUUGGUGAUAAAGUGUUCAGUCAAGUAAUUUGCAUUGGGCGGUGUGUUCUAUGUUACUUUCAUCCUCAAAGUAAAGUUCCAGUGCAGAAAAGAAAAUGCUACUGGGACUAGCUCUACUUGGUUCAGCACUACUUAUCUGAAUUAAUGUUGUAAUUUUUACAAAAGACAGUACUUAUGAAAACCUUUCACUUUAUCCAUUAGAAUUUUUAGCAGUUUAAUUGAAGUUUGAAUUUCAGUUGGCAAGUUUGCACAAGUCCUGAUUUGUAAUGACUAGUUAAGUUUGCAUUUUGUUAAAGUGGACGUUUUGUACAUUUACACCACAAUGGCAAUUUAAGGUCAUAAAACUGCUCAUAACUAGAUUCAAACUAUGCAAUAAGGAAAUGAGAUUUACCCUGUUUAUUUAAGUCUUACCAAGCGCAGAAAUAUUAUUUCCAGCCUUUUCUUUCUCUCUUCCACAUUUUGUGAAUGAGAAGAAUUGUGCUUUUAAUAUUUUUUUCUGACAAAAUAUGUUAUAACCAUUUAUAGCCUGAUGCUCACCAGUUCAAAUUGAUUCGUCAAAGUUGUGUUAUAUACACAGUACAUACUUACACAGGUGCAGUAAAAAAAGCUUACAUGAGCAGCAUCACAGGUACAUAGCAUUAGUAUAUUAUAUUUGAAUUGCACAACUAAAUAUCUUUAAAUAUAAAAAAAUGACUUUUCCAGAGUUCCAAAAUUCCAAAGUGGUAAGACUGAAUGCUGGAAUACUGAUUUUAACAUGAUCAUUUUAACAAUUAAAAUUUUCAUAUCAAGUUGCUUCUCCCCAAGACAUAUUAUUGUCUAUUUUUCAACCUGCAUAUUAAGUAGAAGGCAUUUUUAUACUUUGCAUAGGAGUAAACGGCAAAAAAAUUCUCUCAUAUUUCAAUGCUCUAGCUGAUCUUUCUGUUGUCUAGUACCGAUAGAAAUUUGAAGGCAGACCCAAAUUCUAUAUUGCAGCACUUUAAAGUUGCAAUAUACCAUUUCCUUGGGCAGCACUUUGGUUUCCAGGGUGAUUUUUUUUUUUGUUUCAGUUCUGUGUUCUCAAUAUUGUUCCUUCAUUUUGAAAGAUCAUGGACCAGUUUGGAUGAAUCAUUGAGGUGUUCAUAUUUACAGAGUGAUUUUGACAACAGGACAGCACAGGAAUAGGCCCUUUAGCCCAGGAUGUCUGUGCCAAUUUUAACUAAUCCUAUCAGCACAUGGUGUAUAUCGCACCAAUCUGUGUUCAUUUGCUUACCUAAAUGGCUCUUAAAUAUUAAUGUCAUAUCAGCUUCCGCGACUUACUCUGUGUAAAACAAAAAAAGUCACCUAAAUCAUCUUCAAACUUACUCCCUCACACCUUAAAGCCGUGUUCUCUAUUGUUCAAUACUUUAAUUCUGGGGAAAAAAUGACUUCCUUACCCUAUCAGUAGAAAAGAUUCAAGGAAUAUCUUAGAAUCGUUUCUACUGUUCUCCUGGUGGUCUCUUAUCAUGACAAAGUGGGGAAUACUGUGUCUAUUGUGAGUAUGAUGUCUUGCAUUUGGAUAAAGUGGCUUACUCUUUGGAAUAACUAUAGCCUUCAUGCUGGGAAUAGUGGCUUAGGAGAGGCUACUAGCAUUGGUUUGCUUUUGCUACAAAUGAAUUUAAAGGAUCUUACAGAUCUUACAGUACUUCUCCAGUGCAUUGAUGUUCUGCUAUAAGUGGUCCAAUUCUGUGAAAGUCAGGGGUCACUGGUGCCCAGCAGACCAUGAGCUUUGUACUGGUUUCAAGGUCUUGCUUUUCAAACAUUAUUUCUCUUAGAAGACCAUGGUGCACUGAUGGCAGUGGUGUUUUCAGCAAUUGCUACCAUGGCGAGUGCCAUGGUAACAUAGCAACUAGUAUAAUGCUAUUACAGCUCUGCACAUUGGAGUUUGGAAUUCAAUUCUGAUGUCCUCUGUACGGAGUCUGUAUGGCCAUCCCGUGGAAUACGUGGGUUUCCUUCUACAGUCCAAGAAUGUACUGGGUAGGUUAAUUAGUCAUUAUAAAAUGUCUCCUGAUUAGGUUAUUGAUAAAUUGGGGUUGUCGGGGGUUGCUAUGGCAGUGUCCCUCCAAGGGCAUAAAGGGCCUAGACCACGCUCUAUCUCUAAAUAAAUAAAAUGAUAUUUAAUAACCUGCGUUCAUUCACAGGUAGUUCCUGUGAUACAAGAAUUGGUGCACAUUUUCCAAGGUCUCAUUGUGAACUUUUAUUGUAGAAUGAUGUUAUACAGUGGGCUCUGGUUUGGUAGAGAGUCUUUGUUUUGCAAAUGUUAAAGCCGAGAUUGUUCUGUUUAAUGCUUCAGUUAAUGAGUUGAUGAUGAUUUGGAACUUCCACACGGGCAGCUUGAUGGAUAAAGCUGGUGUAAAUUCAACUGUUUUCCACUUGCUGGUUACAAUGAGAUGCAACAUUUUUGUAUGAAAGAUUGAGAGAAAUGUUGGGUACUUACUUUGCAUAGUAUGAUCUGAACAGUGGCACAUCUUUCAAGUCUUCAUCACACGUCUCAUUCACGAUGGCAAAUUACUGCAGACAACAAAAUUUGAAAAUAAUGCUUCAUACACUCUCUUAAUAAGUGUUGAGGCCUAUGUGAGAUUAAAAGAAAAUGGCCCAUGAUUGAUGGUGCUUCAUGCAUUGCAUUUGGAGUUGACAUGCAGUAAGAUCAUGUCCAUUGGGUGGAAUCCAGGUAAGGGAGUAGCUCUUCAGGCACUGAGAGGAGGUAGUUGAAUGGCACCCUGUUGAUGACUUUCCUUUUUGCAGACAGCCCUGCUGUAGCUACUGGAACUAGCUUUGUCUCACUUGAAAUCAGUCAUGAUUACAGCAUCUGUAAGGUCCACACUCAUGUUUUCCACAUCACCGACAUGGGAGAUAUUUUCCUUCCCCCCUCUUGCGGCUAAACUUUCAAAAAUCAGCAUUAGAAGAUUGUAAGAUUUGUAGAGAUAACAAAUUUGAGUGCAAAAAUCACAUGCUAUAUUGUGGGCAUUCAAAAUGCAUGAUUUUAAUGCAUGAUGUGAGGUGGUCAAGUAGAUGGGUAUUUAGGUAAAGAGUUGAACUCAGUACUGAUUCGUACUUGUAAUAUUAGCAUGCAAAGAAGAAAUCUUGUUUUCCAGGUUGUAUGGAAUACUGCAUACCUGAAUCUGUUUGUUGUUAUAGAAUGUGUAUGGGUAUCACUGUGUUAUAUUACAUCUCAGAUGCUGGAGUUUGGAGUUCAAUUCCAGCAUAGGAAAUAGUUAAUUACUACUAUUCGUAAAUCACUUUCUAGAGCUUAAGUGCAGAGACAAGAAUAUUGAUUUUUUUAAAAAGCCUUUGUUUGUAUUCAUUCAUUGUUUCACUUACUUUUGACCUGUAAGAAGAAUUUUAAAUUAAGUACUCACUUUCUGAACACACUAGAAGAAACAUAUUAUCAAGGAAUUCUUAGUGCCGAGGGGGGGUGGUGGGGGGGGGGGAGAUUUAACCUUGGCAGUAUUAGCCACCAUUUAUUGUCUUGUUGAGGAGCUUUCUUGAGUUAUAAAUUCUAUUUCAUUAAAUGGCUGUUUUUUUUUAAUAUAGAAACAAAAAAAAGCAAGAAACAUUUGAGCAACAUCUGUGGAGAAGAAUGUAGAAUUAUAGUAUAUUGUAACAAAAAUUUGAUUUUUUAAGAUUGUCUUAAAAUGUUUUAUAGUAUUUGCUAGAAUAUGAUGGAAGAAUAAUUUUACAAGUCUCUCUAAGAAUAAUUGUUUAUAAACCUGCAGUUCCUUAUUUAUUCCAACUCAGUACUUUUUCACCCUUUCUCAGUUGUCUAUCUUUAAAAGAUAAAUAAGUAAAAAUCGAGAUACUUGUUAACUUUGUAAGCUGUAAGGUACAGGAUGAGGACAGGUAGGGAUAUGAGCCAGGUGCAGGUCAGUGGGGCUAGGCAGAAAAAUAGUUUGGCACAGCCAAGAAGAGCCAAAAGGCCUGUUUCUGUGCUGUAAUGUUCUAUGGUUUUAAGAGUUUCUCAGUAUGACCUAGCUUCAAAAUUUUAGUUUGCCAUGUCUUCACCUAUCUAAUAAUAGUUAGUAUCAGUUCAUUCUUUCUCAUUUAACCAGAGAUAACAACCUUACAAAUCAGUGAAAUUGAAGCAAUGCUGCAAUUACAAGCAUUUGUGCAUUGUGGAGAUCAGCCCCAAGGGAGCUAUGACUCUGUAAUGGUGGUCUGCUUAGAAAACAGGCUUUUCAAACGUGUAUAGAUUAACUUCUCGUUAAAACCAGUUAAAGUGCAUUAAGAUACGCGUUUGAGAUUCCCUAGGCUCUAAUAAUGUAGGGCUUGCACUAGGAUGAAAUAAUACUGCAUCCAGUGGCAAUUGAUACUGUAGUCGUUUGGUUCAAACUCAAACAGCUUUAAUAUGUUCAAGAGUCAGAUCAGAAUCUCCACUGCAACUUAAACUGCCCCAUUACCUUACUCAGGCUGCAGACAAAUUUGAUUUAACAAAACUGGAAUACCUUUGUAUCCUAAAAUAUAAAAAACAAUAUUUUGUUGCAUUUGAGAUACACUGUCAUAUAAACAAAUCAACAUGGUUGCUAAUUUCAGAGGUUCAGAUUUUGUCAAUCAUUUGCAAGUUAAAAAUAUUGAGCAAUGUACUUUUGAAAUAAAAAUGUGCUGCUUGCCACUGAAAGGUUCAUUAUUAAUUUUCUUGAAUUUAAAAACUGCAUUUUUCCUAACCAGAAUCACAUAUUACCAUCUUUAGACUAUAUUCACCUUUCGUAUCUGCUACAUGGACCAAAAUAUUUCAGUAUUUAUACAUUUAUCUUUUUUUCAAAGAGAUGCAACAAAAUACUGGAAGUUUGUAAAUUCUUUGUAAAAUGUUUUUAUAAUUUUAAUGGUUUGAAAUCUGAAAUUUUGUACAUUAUUAUCAAAUGUGCUUUAUUUUUCCAGAGUGUUAUAUUUUAAAAGAUGUUUUCAAAUAAAAGCUGUUGCAUUUAAUAUUUGAGUUUUUAAUAUGAUAUUAAGCACUUGUAGACAAUACCAAUUAUUUAACAACUGCUAUAAAUUCCGCUCAAUAUUCUAUAAAAAGUUAAUUUACACUUUUUCUUCAAUAAAGCUAAUUUAAUUUCACGAAUCUAUUCAACUCAGGAAUGCUCUCACCUUGUCACCACACUUGAAAAAUUCUGAUGAUAAUGCUAUCAAUGGAUUAUUAAUAUUGAAAUCCAUUAUCAUUUGAUUCUUAACCUAAAGCACUGAACCUGGCAGUUGGAUAAGCCAUGUAAUAUAAAAAUAUAUGCUACAAUUCAAAAAAAAAGAGAAACUAGGGAAUAAUAAACAUCUGUUAAAAUCAUUCUGGAUUGUGGUAGCAAGAUACUGAAAAUCGUGAUUAAGCAGAAUCGAUUUAAUUUAUGAGAUGCUAAUCAUAUUUGUUUAAGUGCCUUUUUGAAGAUGUAAUAUGCAGAAUGGAUGAAGGAGAACCAGUGGAUGUCAUGUAUCUGAAUUUCCUAUAACCACUUCCUCUAGUACCAACAGAAGUUUACUGACCCGAAACUUUAAAUUUGUCCUUUCACAAAUGCUGCCUGACCUAAGUGUUUCAUUUUCUAUCUUUAUUUUUAAUUCAAGAAUCAGCAGUUUUCUGCCCUUUUGUUUGCAGAAUGUGGAUGUUGCGGGUAUCAUUUUCUAGUAUUAACAUUAUUGUCCAUGCAGAAUUGUCCAGAUGUGAGGAAGCAGUUAAAAGUCAGCAACAUCAGUGAGCCUUGGUUUAGGUCAGAUUGUGAGAAGGCAGAUUUCUUUCUGUGAAUGACAUCUCAUGAACCGAAAAAUGUUUUUAUUGCCACUCUGAUUAUUUCACAGUUAACAUUCAUGAGACAAGCUGAUUUAUUUUUCAAACAAAUCCCGAUUUAAUUACUUUUUCAAUUUCACAAUUUGGGUUUCAAACACACGUCUCUGAAAUAGUAAUCCAGAACUCUGGCUGUUAAUCCAAUAAUUUGACAAUUAUGCUACAUUUGUAUGGAUAAUAGAUUUACUGUCUUUUUGCCUCUUUCCUAAUGAAGAAUCCUAUUCAUAAAUGCCUAAAUUAUAACAAUUUGCUUUCCUACCUUCAGAUUUGUCAUUUCUCAAGACAUCAACUCUUAAAGGGGCUCAGUGUCACAGGCUGGCAUCCACUAGUAUCAAGCAGAAAUGACCAAACUUUCACAUCUCUUCAUCCAAUAUUUUCAUGAGUCAUUCAAUCAAAAACAGCAGUUGCGAUAAAUUAAAAAAAAACUUGUAAUUCUGAAAACACGCAGCAACUGAGGCAACAUCUGUGAAAAAUACCAGCAUUAACACUUAAGGCCUAAUGAAAAGGGACUUUGGCCAGAAAUGUAACUCCGUUUCUCCUUCCAUAGGCAAUUGCCUGACCUGACCAGUGUGCUUAGCAUUUUCUGUUUUUAUUUAAAAUACCUUAACAAAGAUUAAAAUUUGAUAGUAUGGGUGGAAUUCAUGCUAUUUUUACAUAAUUUUGUUGUAAUCUAGGCACUUAUAGAAAAGAUACGAGCAAAUAAGCUGUACUUGACAUCUGAACGAUCAUUGAAUGUUGCAUAUACUAUUACCUGAAAAAAUGAGUUCUAUAGAAUGUAGCUGCAUAUUGAAGGAAUCAUUUUAAAUGCAAAUGAUUCAUUAUAAGAGUUUGGAUAAUGGAUAUUUAUCCUUAAAGAAUAAAUA